ACUCUUCCGGUCGCCAUGGCGACAGGGCGCCUUGGCGUGGGGGAGACACUGGAGGCCCUUAACGCCGCAAUGGGCCCUGGUAGCCCGGUGUGGUUCAAAGAAACGCACGCCCGGCACUUGCGUGUCCGCGACUUCUUGGCGCCGCGAAGCGCGCUACAGGCGCGCUUCGGGGACGGGCAGGUGCCAGAGUGUGUGUUCCGUGCGGUCGCCGGCCUGCAGGGUCCAGGGGUGGCCCCUGUAUUGCGCUGCGCGUCAACACCCGCGGGUUUAUCGCUCCAGCUACAGCGGCCCGCGGUCUUCGAGCGUGUACUCGGUGCCCUGGCUUCCUAUACUACUCCCGCCAAGCCUGCCUCGCCGGGCCCGCGGAUUAUUCUGCAUUGUCCCGCAUUGCGCGGCAACCCGGGCACACUUCGCCUGAGCCAGCUGCGUGCUGUGCUCGUGGCCGACCACCUAGCGCGGACGCUACGUACUCAUGGGGUAUGUGUGUGUCCAGUGCCCUCGGUGCGGGACUCGCACAUGACAACUUUCCUGCAGAAACUUCUGGUGGACUGGCCCACUACCUCGAAGUGUGCCUCAACCGAAACCUUGAGGACCUGUGUGUUUGCAGAACUUAAUUCUAAAGAGACAGUGCCCCCUGGAGUCCUAGGCCGACUGUGUCUGAAGGAACUUGUAGAAAAGAGACGUUCAGCUGGCUAUGACCCCAGCAUAGACAACUGUUUGGUGACUGAGGAUCUGCUCUCUGUGCUGUCUGAGCUGCAGGAGGCUGUGCGCCAUUGGCCAGAGGGCAGCCACCCAGGCCUGGCUGGAGAUCCAGACGCUGGUGUGGAUGGCUGCAUGGUUGUGCACGUGGUGAGCUGUGAGGAGGCGGUGCAGCAACAAAAGUUGGAUCUGCUUUGGCAAAAAUUAGAUGACCAGGCUCCUCUCAAACAGAAGCACCUGGUCUGUGGCCCAGUGAAAGUAGCUGGUGUACCUGGCACCCUGAUGACUGCCCCUGAGUACUACCAGCUCAGAUACACUCAGGUGUGUAAGGCCUCAGCACUGAAGCAUGGUGGGAACCUGGCACAAGAUCCAGCCUGGACCAAGACCUUUGAUGUCCUCUCUGUGGCCACCAUCAAAUUUGAGAUGCUAAGCACAGCUCCACAGAACCAACUCCUGCUGGCCGACAGCACCACCUCCACGAAGGGCACAAAGAGUGGCACUUUUGUCAUGUACAACUGCGCCCGCCUCGCCACGCUCUUCGAGGGUUACAAACAUGGGGUGGAGCGAGGUCUGUAUCCCACCUUUCCACUUGUGAGCAGCCUGGAUUUCUCACUCCUCCAUGACGAGGGUGAGUGGCUGCUGCUUUUCAACAGUGUCCUUCCCUUCCUGGACCUGCUGAGGCAGACUGGGCGCCUGGCCAGCACCCCAGGGCUGCACACCCCUGUACGCACAGAGACGGUGUGCAAGUUCCUGGUGCAGCUCAGCAUGGAUUUCAGCUCAUACUACAACCGAGUACACAUUCUAGGGGAACCUCGGCCACACCUCUUUGGUCAGAUGUUUGCCCGCCUACAGCUUCUGAGGGCAGUACAAGAGGUGUUCCACACAGGUUUGGCUAUGUUGGGCCUCCCUCCGCUGAGCCACAUCUAA